AUGGAUGAACGUAUGAAGGAAGAUGUGCGGCAGCUGCAGACCUUCUUGACUAACCAGGAGCGCCUGCUGUCUAAGGAGCAAUUUGAGCAGCUCAGGGAAACGCAGUAUCAGUCAGUAUUGAAGAGGGUCGGCAGCCAUCGUAUGGGCUGGGAAGGCAUCAAUGCCUUGUCAGGGCUGAUUGAGACUGGGCCGUGGACGGAUGAGCAGAAAGCUGGUCUCGGCAUGGCUUUGGGCGAGUGUUCCAAGGAUGUCGCCUCAUGUGGCAAGAAGUCUAGGCCAAACCAAGUCUGUCCUGACUUUACUCCCUUUUGGAGUCAGGAGGAUGUUUUGGUUCUACGUGCUCCAGAAACUUCACUGGUGGGGAAGUUGGAGCAAAUUGCAGCAAGGCUCGUGAAAAUCGGGAUGAUGUGGGCCUCAGAGCUGUGUUAUGGAGAGAUCAUGCGCUCGGCGCAAAGCUUGGGACUCUGUGUCGACAACUCCACCGAGAAUCUCAAGCAGCUGAAGAGUUACGUCCGUCGGCGACGACGCCAUGUGAAGUUGGACGACAGCCUCUUUCAGCAGAAAUUUGUGACAUUGGAGGACAUUAAAGUUCCGGAGCCUUAUUCAGAUUCUCCGUGCGCGGAGAUGGUCACAAAGGGAAAGGACAGAUCAACUCUGUUCAGUGGCCACUUGCGAGGCCCCAAGUUUCUCGACAAGGUUUGGUGUACCGCAAUUCAUUUUACAGUUGGGCUGAGCUUCAGGAAAGAGGGAGCGAGUGCGGCUACCUCUUUGGCCCUUGCCCUCCCGGGUGCGGAGAAGUCUGCUUUGGCGCCCUUGAAACCUCUUUUUGAUCUCCUCGCGCCUUUGCUUGAGCAAGCUAAUGCUCCCCGAAGCUCCAAGGGCCAUGGUGCUGGUCUCGCAAACUUGCAAAUCUUUCCGGGCAAGCGGCCAGGGCGUGAGCCCUCCAGAUCGCCACGGUCUGAACUAAGUGAGGCGAACGAUUCACAGGAGCAGCAGCCAUUGCAAGCUGCACCUGCACCAUCACCGAUGACUGUGAUGGUUCCAGCUAAGUCCAAGCAGCCUGAUGAGCCAGGGAUGAGUGAUGAGGAAUACGAGCCCGAACAAGAUGCGAAACUCUUUGCCAAGGCCAAAGAGGACAGAAAGAGGAAACGUCUUGAGGAGAAGACCGAAGCUGCCCAAGAACAAGGUGAUGAGUCCAAUGGCAAGCCCAAGCCUUCUGCCAAAGCAAAGGCUGGCUCAAAGGCUAAGGCAGAACCAAAGGCCAAGACACAAGCCAAAGCAAAGGCCGCAUCAAAGGCUAAGGCAGAACCAAAGGCCAAGACAGAAGCCAAAGCAAAGGCCGCAUCAAAGAAGAAGGCAGACUCAACUUUGGCAAAGGCCAAGGCCAAAGCGAAAGCAUCAGCCAGCAAAGAGACAGAGAAGGAAGAAGAUUCCUGCCAAGAAGACGAGGCAAGCGCCGCCAAGGCAGAGACCGAAAAGCCCGUCAAGGCAAACGCCGCCAAGAAGACGCGGCAAGUGCCGCGGGUCUUCACUGGCCCGGAGAGACCGCCCAUCAUGAAGGAUGGUGAUCCGACGACUCACUACCUUCAAGGCGGCUGUAAGAAGUUCAGGGUCUUCUUGCAGGCUGGUGAUAGACAGGACAAGGCUGUCAGCUACAAGAAUGAUGAGUCAGCCGCAUGGGCAACCUGCUGCAAGCUCAUCGAAGAACAUGCCAAAAAGCUGGCGGCUGAGAACGUCGACUGA